UCUUUCCUACGGCCCAGCAGCCUUCUCAGUCCUGCAGGCCGAUCCCACGAUCGUUCUCCGCUCAUACCUCUGCCUUUCUCACCAUGCAACACCGUCUCCCGCCCCAGAUUGUGCCAUGUUGGUUGGGCUUUGUUGGUUGGUCACUGCGAUAACGAAUCUGGUCGCAAUGAUGCAGGAAACCUAUCAACUACGACAGCCACACGACAUGAAUCUCGUGUUGCGAGGCAUGCCUCUCGAGUCUACUUUGCCACUUCCCGUUUUCUCUCCGCCCUCGUGUCGGAGCUCCAGAGGUGCUGCGCAGCUGAUUUUCGUCCUAGCCACAGCUCAUUGUCUGCCCCUUGUCUUCCAACAUUUAUUGGCCACUGCCAUUUGCGCCGCCGAUCUUUCUCUGCUUACCAUGGAACGACACGUUCUACGCUCACCUGAACCCUCCAAACGUGUACAUUCUCCGCUCAUCGUCAUCAAUGGUCCGGUUCGAUGGUGCGCAUACCUUGCAGCGGCGGUUACGGCAGCGAAGACGAUGCGCGCCCCAAUGCACCGACCGCGAUGCCUGUACCGGCGACGAUCCUGCUGGGUGGCCAACUCCAGCGUAAAUGGGCGGAAGACGUCAUCUCAUGGUCGUUCCGACCCAAGGGCAAGCACGGUCGAGGUCCUGCAACUUCAUAGCUUGCAACGACCCGUGGAAUCGUGAUUUAUUCAGCCUCUAAAGAUGGCUCCCCGUAACAACUGGGGAGCCGCUCGACUUCAUAGCCGAUUUUGCACCUAUUAUCCGAUGAUGUUAAAUGAAUCGUCAGCUGAGCAACUCUAGUCGAGCUCUAUCAGACCAAGCUAGUCUCGUUUUUGCACCUACGUAACAAGGGAAGCCCAAACACCCCUGGAAGCAGCUGCGCAGUGUUGCUCGGGAUCAUUUUUAUGGUAUGUUGAUGGUUACGCUGGUUUCCGUGAUUGCGACGGCCAUUCAUCAGAUGCCGUGGCAACUGUUUGCUAGGCGGGCUGUAGGGUUACUCUCGAGAUCCAACAGGAUGUUACCCCGGUGAGUCAUUGGGCGUCUGCUACGCAAAAGACGGCUUGUUGACUGCACGCAUUUUGAGUUAAGGACCCAAACGAGAAAAUGCCUUGAGGUUGUCGCCAUUCACAGACUCAACAGCCACUGCUUGAGAACGUCGACAGUUGCGAAUAUUCACAACGACUGCCACGAAGAGUUCAGACCCCAGACCACCCCGGCUUCGAGAGUUGUGGCGUUCCGCAGCGGGCCGGUCUUCAAGCAGAAUUCCGCCUUCCGGGACAUCGACUGUGAGAGUGUGAUCACCGUCUCCAGCGAUCACAAGGAUAGUUAGAUGCAGAUUCCCGGACAUCAUCAGAUUGACGACAAGCGGUUCGUUCCGAUCAAGCACAAGAAGUAGAUUAAGUCCCGUCACGGCCGGCAACGCUCUCGUGUGCCGUCCGGACAGCUC